UAUUUCACUCAGAUAGUUAUCGUUCGGUUGGAUUCUUAAUAAUGCUCUCGCUGCUCGUUUUUUAUUUUACUCAGUCUUUACAAUAUUUUUUUUGACCUAGGGUAAUUAAAUUUAUUAUUUUUCAAGUCUUCGGUGAUAUUAUGUUAUUUUAAAUCCAAUCUAUUCUUGAAGAGCUCUAAGGAUCGCUGAAUGUCAUCAUCACCUGAGAAGAAGUAUCGCGGAAAUGAUAUAAGAAUAACAUUAUUGGAAAAAAAACAUUCUACAAUUUUAUACACAUUAUUCGUAUUAACAGAACUGUUGUGUAGAUAUAAUUGUCUUUAGUGAAUGUUACCAUCUACACUACCUAUUUUAACUUGAAUUGAUCUCCUUAUAGUGUAGUGUUAUUGUUUACUAUUAAUAGUUAGAUAUUAACAAUGAGUUACGGUGAUUCUGAAGCCAAAAUGAAUCUCUCUGCUUUGCAAAGAGUAGAUCCAUAUGUUGAUAGUAUUGUGCAAACAGCAGGGCACGUUGCUUUGUAUUCAUUUAAUGCAGAGGCAAAUGCAUGGCAAAAAAAUAAUGUUGAAGGAACUUUGCAUGUAUAUACACGAUCUGCUGAACCAUUGCAUAGUAUUAUGAUAAUGAAUAGAUUGAAUACAAACAAUCUAAUGGAACCAAUUGAAAAUGGCCUAGAUCUUCAACUUCAAGAACCAUUUUUAUUAUACAGAAAUAGUGGUGGUUCCAUUUAUGGUAUAUGGUUUUAUGACAAAGAUGAAUGUGCCAAAAUUUCUAGUAUAUUGAAAUCAUUGAUCAAAAAUAUGGUAGUUAAACAAAAUGAUAAAAUUACUAAACAAGAAACUGGUUCAAAUAAAAGUAUUGAUCUCGUAUCAAUGCUCAGCCGAGCUCAAGAAGAUUACAGAGCCAAUAAGACCAGCUCAAAAAGAACUGGAACCCCAUCCAAGAAAGUAGAAGAAAAUGCUCCUCCUCAAUGUGUUAUGGAUUUUUUUGCAAAGGCAGGUAGUGGAAAAAAUUUCUCUGAUGGGUUACCAUCAUUAUCAAGUUAUGCUAAUACACAAAGUACACAAACUCCAACUUUAAAAACUGGAUCUAAUGAAUCAAUGUUACAUAAGUUAAUGGCCAGUCCAAUUCAUACAGUAGAACAAAUUGAAAUGCAACAAAGAUCAGCUACACCUAGAUCAGAUGUCUUAGUACCAACACCUACUGAACAAACUAAGCCUGCAAAACAAUGUUCAUUCAAUAAUAUUAAACCUCGAAGUUUAAUAAAUCAGUUAAAUCAACAAGUAGAAGAUAAUACUUCUCAUGCUAAGCGUAAUGGAUAUCAUCAUCCCAAAGAAAAUAAGGAUAAUUCAUAUAGUACAUCAUUAAUUGAACAUUUUCUUAAUCAAAGUGAACAAUCUGAAAAACUUGAUGUACCCAUAGGUGCAUCUUUGACACUAGAAUCACAAGUUGAAGAUGAGCUAAUGCCUCCAACUAGAUUCAUAAUGGAUGAUAUUGAAGAUGAAUUAGUUACUUCUUCAGUAAAUGCAAUGUCAUUAACUGAGCCUAAACACCUAGAACCUGCAACUAAUAGAUUGGAACCAUUAACAAAGAAUCAGCUAUUACAAGCUAUUGAAUACUUACUAAAAAAUGAUUCAGAUUUUAUGGUUAAAAUACAUGAAGCUUAUGUCAAAUCAUUGUUACGGAAUUAAGACCAUUCAUUAAGAUUCCAUUACUUUAAUAUAUGUGGCUAUGUCUAUACAAUUUUCAUAGUUUCGACAAAAAAUUGUAUUGCUUUAAAGCAAUAUUAUUUUAUUUAUAUUUUUCAUAUAUCCAGUAAUAAUUACUUCAAAAA